AUGGCGGUGCGCGGAUUGAACUUUUCGUUCGUUCUACGGAAAACUUUGUGUCAGUCGUCCAAGAGACUUCUGAGAACUGCGCCCAGAGGGGCGUCGAGAGACGGCAGAAAUGACGAUGAGUUGGACGGCUCUUAUUCUCCGUAUGAGAACUUCGAGAGGACGGGAUUCGGUUACGUCAGACGUGACCGUGACAAUCGUCCGCAACGCCACGGCGAGUUCGAACCAGAUGACAGAAAUCCAAGGAUGUUGGAAACUCCGCCGGUGAAAAAAAAGGAGCCGGACGUUCGGAUAGGAGCAGCUGCACGGCACGAGUCCGUGCUCGAUCAGGAGCAUGGUGCCGGUAGAACAGAUCGUCAAAAGACGUUCCGCCAGCCAAAAACCCUGGGGCAGAUCGAUUUCGAGAUAAAGACUGUUAGAAGGAAAAUCGAGGAGGGUGAAGAAAGUUUCGAAGAUCUGGACUCCGAAGCCAAGUCAGCUUUCGAGGUCACGAGGGCCACGAGGCUCGAGAGGGACGAGAUCAAGGCUUCCGAUAAGACCGAUUCCUAUGGUUUUCGAAUUCUUAAGGCUGAAAUCAAACCUCAGAUAUGGACGAUGUCUAAGGAUGAAGUGAGAAAGUGUUUGUUGCGCAACAUCCUAUUCGAUACCCCGGAUUUCCUGAUUCUCAACAAGCCAUAUGGCUUGUCGAUGCAGCCGGGCGGGGGCCUUAAACCAGACGAUAAGAUGAUUCUCACCACGCAUCUGGACGAGAUGGCAAAAGCACUAAACGUUGAGAAACUCUACCCACUCCAUCGACUCGACAAAAACGCCACGGGUGUCCUUUGCCUCGCGAAAAACAAGAGUAUGGCUGAUGUAGUGAAAGGAAUGUUCAAAUCUCGGCUCAUAGAGAAGGAAUACGUCGCCAUAACACGCAGGGUUCCACCAGAAAAGGAAGGGGUGAUCGACAAGGCGAUUGCGGAAGGGUCAGUGGACGGCCGGACCCGGAUGGUUAUCGUCCCCACAGCGGAACCCGGAUCGGACGUCAGCUUGCCGAAGUUCUCGAAAACGUAUCCGGCCGUCACGAGAUACAAAGUCAUAAGUAGUUCGGAAAAGGCAGCUUUCGUGAGGUUGUGGCCAGAAACUGGAUACAAACACCAAAUCAGAGUGCACCUCGGACUAGGUCUCCGCUGUCCCGUGUUGGGAGACCAUAAGUACUCUCACUUGACCAUGAUUGGUCCUCAAAAACUCCCGGGAGAGAUGCUCGACAGAUUGAAAGUUCGUCAGCAAAAGGUGCGGGAUAUUCCCCUCCACCUCCAUGCCAGGAGAAUCAAAAUUCCAGGUGUCUUGCCGGGCGAUCGGGAUCUAGUUGUGAGCAGCAGUAUACCCACCUACUUUUCGAAGAAUUUGAUGCGUCUGAAGAUCAGAUACUAGUCCGGUGUAUUCAAGCGAGACAAAUCAUU